GCGCCGGGCUCGGCCAUGGCGGCCGCGGCGGCGGCGCUCGGCGCCCUGGCCAGGGCCGCGGCCCGGCCGCCUCUGACGCUGAGGUGCGUAUUGUCAAAGUCAUUUUCAAAAGGAUCCUCUGUAGCAAAACGUCCACGACGUCCCUUGACUGCGUACCUCCGGUUUUUAGCCCAGCAACGUUCUAUAUUUAAAAAGCAAACUCCAGAUAUGAAAAAUGAAGAAAUAGUAAAAAAAUCUGCUGAAAUGUGGAGGGAACUUCCUGAAGUAGAGAAGCAGGUGUACAGAAAAGCUGCAAAUGUAGACUGGGAAGCAUUCAGAGAAGAGAUGGCUAAAUAUCAAGCACAGCUAACUCCGCUUCAGAGAAUAGCUAUGAAGAUCGAAAAGUUAGAAAAACAGGCCAAAAGCAGAGCAUCCAAAAAGAAGAGAGAGUUAACAGUGUUUGGAAAACCCAAAGAAACUCGCUUACCUCAGAACAUUUUUGUGUCGGAACAUUAUCAGGGCGCUAAGGGGGAUUCUUGGCAGGAAAAGAUCAAGUCCUUGUUUGAAGCUUGGAAAAAUCUCCCUAGUUCUCAAAAACAGGUAUAUUUUCAGCUUGCUCAAGAAGAUAAAAUUCGUUAUGAAAAUGAGAUGAAGAUCUGGGAAAAACAAAUGAUUGACAUUGGACGGAAAGAUCUUCUAUAUGUCAAAAGUAGAAGAAGCAAAAUCAAAGAUGACGACUAACAAAACUCCUCAUAGCAUUCCGUAAUGAGUUUUGAUCGCAUUUUCCUCGUUAGAGGGAUUCAAGAAGCAAAUUGGGUGUCACUGCCUGGGACUAUGACAAAAAUUAAAGAGGAGAUAGGUAAAUUUUAGAAUCAAUAAUUUAUCAACAGGUUGGAUCCUCCAUCUGUCCUUCACUUGUCCCAGGGGAGGGGCCGGCACUUAGAAUACCUGCCUUGUUGCUGGUCUGCAACCAGUGAACUGUCUGAAGGGCAGGAGGCAGAAAUCAGAAGUGAAAACUCCUCCAUUUUCAGGACUGUGGUGCUGUUGUCCUAAACCCGGAGGGGCUGCUGAGUGUAAAAAGUAAGAUAAAUCGCUUUUAAUGAUUACUGGGGUGAACAAAUUGAGAUUGUUUCCUUUCUGUAUCAUUUGCCCCUAAAGGUUCUUUUACAAGGCUUCUCCCAGUGAGUGUCCACAUUUCGGAUGAUGAGGACCAUACCCUCUGGAGGGUGGUCAUGCAAAAUUUAGGAGGGACUCUGUAGUAGGGAAGAUUUUGAUCAUUACAAUGCUUUCACCACUGGUAAAGUGUUGACUGAUUUCACUGGACGUAAACGUAAGGUUGAACGGUGAAUUGUUACUGUUUCUGCAUGAUGUUUGGUCAAAUGACUCCAAAAUGAAGCAGGAAGUAUUUAGCCUUUUCAGAAACUUUUUUUUCAUUACUAAACCCCCAAAUAUCUGAGACACCGGGAAGGAUUGCUAAGUGUGGAGAAAUUAAAAUGUAUUGAAUUUCAAAUCACAGGUAAUAAUUAAUACUUCCUAAAAUACUUGGAGAAGGUUAUACCUACAUGUAAUUACUGACUUCUGUAAUUAUUAAGCAUUUAUAAUAGGUUGUCAACAGGUUUGUGGGCAAACACCAAUCUCGGGGAAUUCAAGUCCUCCAUUUCUUGUUCUGGAGUCUGACGUGAUCCUCUUAUUUUUUUUUUCUUUUUUUUUUUUUUUACAUGGGCAUUUGCAAGAGGGCUCCAUCCCAUCUCCUUUCCCCCCUCCUCACCCUCCUGACUGUAUUUCUAUUCCCACCCCCUAACCCCCCAAAAGAUGGCAUAUCAAAUCUAUGCAUUCCAUUGUUACAUUGCAUAGAAUAAACUAUUUUAAUAAAUCUU